AUGGUUCACCCCACUAUUCACCAUACUGUUGAAGCCAAACAGCAGGCUGCACGCGAGAAACACAAAAGAUACUAUGAAAGAGAUGCCAUUUUAUUGAGACGUCGUCUCUGUCGCACGAACAACACUCCUUCCGUCACAGCCGAGUCUAACACGAACAACCUAUCGGAUGAUGAGGUUGACUUCGAGGCAAUUAUCACUUUGUCUGAUUGUCUGGGGCUUGUACAUGAUGCAAAGAACAAAGUCCUGGCACUUGUUCCUUCCGGGAUACCUACAACAUAUGUCGAGGGCAUCCUCCGCAAAUACGCUAUGUCAUUACGCACCAGUGUUGCCGGUGUAGAGACUCAUGCCUCUCAUUGUGCAAUAUGGCAGUUUUCACUGGGGAGUACAUGGCAUGAACUUGUAGCAUCACUCUGUGUGCUACCUGCAGCUAUCUCUAUAUGA